AUGGAUCGUUCAAAUCGUUCUCCAACUAGUGAACAAGAACAACCACAUUCAAAUACUCCAGCCUUCCAAAAACAGCGUACAUCUGUUGGCCAACAACAUCCGAUGCAGCCACAACUUCACAUGGCACCACCUUUUCGCCCAUUGCUUCCCUCUGGUUGGACUGAGCAUUGUGCGCCAAAUGGUUUACUUUAUUACUAUAAUGCGACAACUGGUCAAAGUACUUGGGAAAGGCCUAUUAUGGCACCACCUCCUCCACCUACAAUGGGAUCCCCGCCUGGAUUAUUACAACCACCUGGUUUUCAACCUAUGGGUGGCAUGCAUCCAAUGAAACAAAUACUUGACACCAAGUGGUAUAUUGUUAACACAACGGAGAGUAACGAGUUUUAUUAUAAUUCUGAAACUAAACAAUCUGUGUGGGAAGUUCCUGAAGAAAUUGCUGACGCUGUAAAGGCAUUGAAAGAACAGGAGGCAAAAGAAUCUCAGAACAACAAUAAAUUAAAUAAUGAGGGUGUAGGUGUUAAAAGGAAGGCUGAUGACGAUGAAGAAUCAGUGGAUGGUGAAGAUGUGAAAAGAGCUAAAGGAAGAAUUGAUGAAGAUAUAUCUUUUCAACUUCAAUUCAUGGAAGAACAAGAAUUAUUGGCCGGUGGUGUUAAGCUUGAUGAACAUUCUGAUUUGCAAAAGUAUGAAAUGACUGGCGGAGGAAUUGAUAAUUCUCAAAAAUCAUUUAAAGAACAAAAUAGAGAGGUUGAAUUAUCACCUGAAGAGCGUGUUCUGAUUCUUCUUAGGGAUAUGGACGUUUCACCAUUUGCAAUGUGGGAAAAAGAGCUACCAAGAAUUAUACAUGAUUCAAGAUAUACAUUGAUUCCAACAUUAAAACAAAGAAAAGAAUAUUUUGACGAAUAUUGCAAAGAGAGAGCUGUAGAAGUUAGAGCUGAAAAAAAGAAUAAGGCAUUGCAUAUGUCGGCAAAAGAUGAAUAUUCGAAAUUAUUGGAGGAAGAAACAACUCAUCGAUCACAUUGGGAUGAGUUUAGACGAAUGUUUAAAAAAGAUUUAAGGUUUAAGAAUUUUUCGGAUGAUAAAGAAAGAGAAAAAUUAUUUAGAAAUCAUGUCGAUGACUUGAAAGAAAAAGAAUUUCAACGUAAAAAAGCUCAACAAAAAAGAGCUGAAGAAGAAUUUACGACGCUUUUAAUGGAAACAAGAGAAAUAAAAUACGAUUCAAGUUGGAGAAAAAUAAAACGAUUAAUAAACGAUGAUCCAAGAUAUGAUGAGGUGCAAUCUUCAAUUCGUAGAGAAGAAUUAUUUCAAGCAAGUUUAAGGCAACGUGAAUUACAAGUUAGAAAAGAAAAAAAAGCACAAGAACGUAAUAAAGAUGGCGCCAAGAGACAAGCUAUACACGAAGAAUCUAUACUAGCAUUUCGAACACUUUUAAUUGAUCUAGUAAGGACUCAUGAGACAACUUGGGAAACAAAGAAAACAGAUCUAGAGCGUGAUUCACGUUACCAUUCUGAAAGAUUGAAUGAUGGUGACAGGGAACAGCUUUUCAACGAGCAUCUCAAUCAACUUUACCAGAAAAAUUUAAAAGCAUAUCAUCAACUUUUAGAUAAGCAUGUGAAUUUAGAUACUACUUGGUUAGAGAUUAGUCAUAUAAUUAAAGAUGAUCCAAGGUCUUCUAGACUUUCAAAAAGCGAUACUGUAUUAGAGGAACUAUUUGAUAAAUAUUUGGAAAGAAGAAUUCUUAAAGCCAAGGAAGAGUUCAGAGAACUAUUACAAGAAAAUAAAUUAGUAGAGUAUAGAACAAGAUUGGUUAAAUUGUCAGAAGAUGGGGCUGCUGAUGAAACUGGUACCACGAAAGAAAAGGCUCGUGGUCUAACAUUAGAAGAAAUUAAUGAUUUACUAAAGGAUGACAAACGUUAUUUGGUGUUAAAUCAUAUUCCUGAAGUUCGUGAUGAAACGAUUUUAGAAUUCUUAAAUAAAUUAGAAGCUCCAAAAAUGACAGUUCACCAAGGAAGAGAAUGA